AUGGCCAAACCUCCACCCCCCGGGCAUCCCACCCCCGGGUCCACGGGAUUCACCACCCGCCUCCGCUCCUACUUCCAUUCCAGCGGCCCCUCUUCCAACCCCCUCGAGCGCCGCCUCCUCCUCAAAAUCGACUUCUUCAUCCUCACCUUCUGCUGCCUCUCCUACUUCCUCAACUACCUCGACCGCACUGCCCUCUCCAACGCCUACGUCUCCGGCAUGAAAGAAUCCCUUUCCUUCCACGGCAACCAACUCAACCAAAUCAACACGUGCUUCACCAUCGGCUACGUCCUCGGCCAAAUCCCCUCCAACUUAUCUCUCCACUACAUCGCCCCGCGCAUCUUUUUUCCCGGGAUGAUGGUCCUCUGGGCCGGUCUGACCAUGGUCACUGCCGCCGCUCGACACCCCGGCGACAUACUGGCUAUUCGAUUUUUCCAGGGGGUUGCCGAGUCAACGACCUUUGUCGGCACGCAUUAUAUCCUCGGAAGCUGGUACACGGAGCAAGAGCUGGGGAAGCGGUCCGGGGUGUUUACUGCGAGUGGACUGGCAGGGACGAUGAUUGGUGGGUUUGUGCAGAGUGGGAUUCAUGGGAGUUUGGAUGGAUUGAGGGGGUUGAGUGGAUGGAGGUGGUUGUUCAUUAUUGAUGGGAUCAUUACGUUGCCUGUGGCGAUAUAUGGGUUUUGUCUGUUUCCCGAUACGCCCAAGACGACGAGGGCGCCGUAUUUGAGUGUGGAGGAACGGGAGUUGGCGAUAAGGAGGAUGGAGAAGCAGGGCGUUCCAGCCGUCGGGAUUCUCUCCACCCUCUUCUUCGCCUUCAUCACGGACUUGUACCCCCACCACCGGUCCAUGGUGGGUUACUUCAUCGGCAUCAUCGGGGUCCUUACCCCCUCUUUGAUUCUCGCAGCAGAACAUGGACACUUUGGAGAUCCAGCUGGAAGCAAAGCGACGGCCGUGGUGAUGGGGAUGUACUACCUGUCUGGAUCUGUCUACGCCUGUCAAGCGACCUUUUUCGCAUGGGCAAACGACGCGAUGACGAGGGAUGGGAAGGAGGCGGUGUUUAGAGGGGUGGUGCUGGCGGGGAUGAAUAUGGGGAAUAAUGCUGUGAAUGCGUGGUGGAGUAUAGUGUUUUACGGGGCGGACAUGGCGCCGUGGUUUGAGAGGGGGAUGUGGGCUAUGAUUGGGAUGAGUGUUGCGCUGGCGAUUUGGACGGGUUUCCUGUCAUUCGUCGGAGAGCAAAUGUCACGUCUCAAUGGAACUGAUACAAAAGCCAAAGUCUGGACAGCAAGAUGA